AACACAUUUGUUUCUUGUUCGUUGGAAAUAUAAAGAUAAUCCUUGGAUAAGUGAGCGUGUCUCACAUCUUUGCAAUACACGAAGCGCGGCACAAUAACCAUCGCAGUAGCGUUUUGCGCUGCGAGGAUUAAUAUGGCCGUCUAUGUUGCGGCCGAGUUUAGGGGCGGAGGGUGGUGUGUCGUAAUAAAAUUGUAGUUGAGUUCCCGCGAGGGAGUUCUUAUAUUCCUUGUUGAUUAUGAAUAAUCGAAGAGUUGAUCUACUUCCAGUGGGCGGUCCAGAAACGGAGGAACAACAACGCCUGAGAUUUCAGGUGGAACUAGAAUUUGUUCAGUGCCUCGCAAAUCCUAAUUAUUUGAACUUUUUGGCUCAACGAGGUUAUUUUAAAGAUCAAGCUUUCAUCAACUAUCUCAAAUACCUUCUGUAUUGGAAAGAGCCUGAAUAUGCAAGAUACCUGAAGUACCCAAUGUGCCUGCACUUCCUAGAUCUCCUACAGUACGAGCACUUCCGCCGUGAAGUUGUGAGUGCACAGUGUGCCAAGUUCAUCGAUGACCAGCAGAUCCUGCUGUGGCAGCACUACACACGGCGGCGUACGCGUCUUCUGCAGACGCAGGCGGAACAUGCCCAGCAGGUGGCAGGUCAGCAGCCACCCUCGGCAGCCAUCGCGGCCAACGGGCAGGGGCAGACACAGAAGGCGUGACGGCUGGUCCUUGUGUGACCAUGUGGCACCCGCCGUGCCCCCAGAUUGAGGCUUUACUUGGCCACUCACUAGUCGGAGGACCUUUCCUGUGAAUGUUUGUAAAUAAGAGAAUUUGUUAGAGUAAGUGAAGAGCGAGUGUGGAUUUUGUGUAAGUUCUUUUGCAGACAAAGUACGUACCUGUGUUUCAUACAGCCAUUUUUCAGUGUGGUCGAACAUGCUUUCUUUUUUAUUUAUAUGACAGAGACUUAAGUUAUCGAGGUAAAUUAUGAUUCCUGUUAGUUCAGAAGUUAUUUUUAAGUAUUUUGUGAUUAUGUUAAGACCUUGCACAUCCUACUGAACAUUCCUAUGUGACUGGGAAUGUGGAGUUACCUUUUAUGCUCCUUUUUAUCUGUGUGUAUGAAUUGCAAAAACUCUAAUAAUUCUGUGUGUGGGAGUCAGUAUGAAAAUAAAUGUAUUUUUGUAACAUACAUUUAUUACAUUUUCAGUGCUCAAAUGACAUUUAUUUUAUUUUUCACACCACGUAUAAUGAGAAUGUUCCAUUGUUACAUAGCUUAUAA